AUGCCUUCUGUUGGGAAAGAUAAGCUUCCACGGGCGAAUUUGGAGCAGAAGAUCAUGAUCAUCGAUCAUUUCCACAACUCCAAGCGCCCUCAGAGCGAGACCGUGGACUUUUUCCGCGAUCAGUUCUCCAUUUCCACGUCCAGCUUCUCCGAGUGGCUCAAGAACGAGGCCGAGCUGCGAUUGCGCUACCGCGAGGCCCACCAGGCCGACUCUGCCACGUCCAAGUCCAUGCGCAGCUCCAAACGCAAGUUGUCGUUCAAAUACGAGCCCAUCAACCGCGCCAUGCACAAGGUGGUGGAGGAUCGGCUGGCACAGAACUUGCCCAUCACCGAGCCCAUUCUGCGCGAGUACUGGGCCAAGUUUGCACGGGAGUACGGCGUGGACGACCCGAAACGGCUGGAGAGCUUCAGUCACGGGUGGCUGUCCACUUUUAAGAGGAGACACGGGUUGUUUAAGAAACAGAUGCGGAUGGCCAAGACGGACGCCAACACGUCGAUGCGCGGUUCGGAGCCGUCGUCGACCUCUUCCACCACCGCCAACGGCAACACGGACCCGGAAUUGUCCAACAUUAUGCCUUCUUCCGACUACUCGUAUCCUAGUACACAGCCACCAAAUUACGACCACCAGCUUACUCAGCCACAACCGGCGUUCAGCAACACCAGGCAGCAGCAGCAGCGGCACGACCAGGCCGAACAGCACGAGUACCUGCUGAUGGAGUCGAACGAGAACAACGCGGCCGCGCAAACGUCGACCCCAACCGCCGAUCGGUACCAGCCGUACGAGGUUGGUCAGAUGAUAAAUAAUUCAGGGCCCAACGGCCAAUCUAGAUCGCUCGCAACGCCAAGUGUCAUGUCAUUCACGCCAAAACCGCCCCACCAACAGCAGACUCAGCCCGCCACGCACAACGGCUCGUUCAACUCUGCCUCGGCCCAGUUCCAGUCGCAGAUCUCUGGCUACCUGCCCAUGGACAACCGGUUCCCUGUGGCAGCUCCCAGACAGCCGCGUGCCGAGGCCAACGAGCCCGACUUUGGCGUGGACAUCGCCGACAUGGAGAAGCUGCUUUUCGUUUAUUCGGAGCGGUUUUUCCAGCAGUACGGCUACCAAUUCAGCAAAUCCAAAGAAAUCUUUGACGCGUUCAAAACCAAAUUCAUGGAAGAGAAGCUUAUCUACAGCUCCAACGGACCCAAACACGGGUCCACAGUGGACGAGAUGUUCAUGAGAAGAAUACGAUAA